CUUUGCGCCUGGCACGCUUUGUCUACAGGUUCAGUAAUCUAUUUUUCUUGGCAUUAUGAGCAGAAUUAAUUUUUCGCGUAAUGUACUCGACUGUCAGGUAUCAUUCCACCACGGACACCCAUACCAGACUUUCCGGUGAAUGACUUGUCGGCUGCAAAAUGCCGGAGACCUGAGCGGGGUUCCAUCAAAUGAACUCGUCCCUUGGCGAGUGGAAACACAUGGCGUUAUGACACAUGCAUGUAGGGCCGUUUUUCGGAUCUUCGAGGUUUGCCGGAGUGGGUGAUACUGAGUAGACUGCUGCAGGCUUAUAAGUAGCGCGGUUCUGAGCGUCCCUGUCCUCUUUCUCAAGGACUUCAUACACUCCAAGUCAAUUUCCAAGUCUCUGAAAAGCCUCAGCAGGCAUCCCCCAAUAUGAUCAUGAAAAGUAGCUUUGUGCCUCUUGUGGCCUUGUCCUCUGCCAUUGGCGCAUGGGCCCAUGGUGAAGAAGCAGCCAAAGAGAUGGGCCCUGUGGCUUUCAUGUGGCCGCCAGAUCGUGUCUGGGGCGCCGCCUACGAUAACACGGCUCCAUGUGGCUCAUCUUCUGGCGCCACGAACAGAACCGACUUUCCUAUGGUCAAUGGCCAACUGGCACUCGUCAUCCAAGAUGAAUCGUGGAAUGUUCAGAUCGCAAUCUCCCACAAAAGCAACCCGAGCACCAAUGAUGACUUCGAGGCAUUCAUCGAGGGAUCAAGCAUCAAAGACAUCGAGCCAGGCCAUGAAUGCUACCCCGUCCCCAACCCCUCUAUUGAUGUCGAAGAAGGAAUGAAUGCUACCUUCCAAAUCAAGUACACCUCAGAUUUCGAUACCGACAAGAACGAAACCUACUAUGCCUGCGCCGAUAUCAGAUAUGUCCCUGCUAGCAAGUUCACAACUCAAGUGCCCUGUUUCAACGUUACCGCGGAUGAGUUCACCGCCGUCACCAGUACCACGGCUACCGCUGGUGCCACUGCCACGGCCGGAUCAUCUAGCUCCUCAUCCAAGGACUCGGCUACCAAGGAGUCAAGCUCAGGUCUUUCUGGCGGUGCUAUCGCUGGCAUCGUGGUUGGUUGUGUGGCAGCUGUGGUGAUUGCCAUUGCAGUGCUGUUCGGUUCUAGAAGAUUCUUGCAAAAGUAUCGCUCUUAUCGUCAGAAGGCAUCCGUUAGAAAUGUGGAUUGGGCCGAGACUGCUACUGUUGAUCCAAAGAUAGAUAACGAGGGUCUUCGGAAGAUUCGGUAA